GCUUGAAUUGGGCCGCACUCGCAUCAGAAAGCGCUCAACGUUGGUCCCGUGCAGACACGCUGGUUGAACCGGACCGAACGCAUUCCCCAUAGUCCGCGGUGAGCCGGUCCGUGCGAUAUCGUGUUGUGUUUAAGUGUUGAGGAGUGUCCUUUGGAAGUCAUCGUGAUUGUGCGUGUGCAGUUAAAACACACAUCGAAUAACGGAAGUAAACCUUGCCUCGUGAUUAAAUCCGUGUGACCUGGUCCCGGUACCUGCAGCGACUCGGAACUAGGUACGCACGUGGCGGUCGGUCGGUACGUUUCACAACACACACGACUAGUGUGAUCAGUGUGUGGUGGCGUCGUUCAGGGUUUUGAUCGAUUCCACCGCGGUGUGCGUGUUCUCGCGCGCGUGCUCGUUCACGGAAAACGGUUCACCAAGCAAAACCUCACCAAAGCGGGGGCCAGACCACUAGUAAUCGUGCCUCAGAAUGUGCGCAGAAGAUCAAUGUCGCGGUGAUAAGCUGUGAUCGUGUUGCCGUUCCUUUUGAGUCGGAUUUUUACCGCGUGAUCCUUUUUUUGCCUUUUGCCCCAUCCCAUCCGAGAAAACGGGCCAGAGCCAGUGUGCCCUUGAAAUUUCGCAUCCUCCGCGUCGAGGUUUAUUUUAAGCUGUGGCCCCUCAAAAUAAGCGUCCCAACUUUGGGAAUUCGGAAUUACGACAUCGUGGCUUAUCGGGGUGUGAGGGCGCGCGCGCGCGUGUGUGUGGUUAGAAUCAAACUCGAUUUCCGCUUCAGAAGCUUGUGAGCUUCGGCCAUAGUACAAUUCCAGCAUCGUGGGAACCAGGUGGGCUCGUUCGGUGCAGCCUUCAACGGUCGUCGUGAUAGUGGCCGGUCCUCGUGUGCGUGUACUUGCGAGCUCGUGCCCGUGUGAGGCAGCUGUUUAUGACAGCUUAAUGUGUGCAGGUUGGUGGUGCUGACGUGCCGCCAUGGUCCAAGUGCGUUUGACUGCUGCGCUUCGUUGCAUCAUAGCCGGCCAGCCCGUGUGAUCGUGUGACGCGGUGAGACGGAGUGCACGGAGGUUCGGUUUUGGCGUAGCCCUAUCGACGCCGCGUUGCAGUUUGCCGUUUGAUUCUUGGACGUCUUCAACUCGUACGAUCGCACCAUGUCGGUCACGAUAGUGCUGUUCUACACGUUCGUCACGCUGUUUAUGUUCCUUUCCUACAACCCGAAGCCGAAGAAAAUCAUCGAAUCGAUCCGCAGCUUCCUGCUCCAUCUGCUCCAACACAAUGGCGACGGUGGUCUGCCUCCCGGCCCGCCGGCGACCACCGCUUGUCCCACCACCCAGCCCGACGCGGACGAGUGUCUGCCGAAGGUGAAAUCGAUCUGGGACAUCCCGGGACCGCUCCGGAUGCCCUUGGUCGGUACGAAAUGGCGCUACUUUCUCGGCCGCCAACGGUACGCCAAGGUGCACGAAACGUUCAUGCAGAUGCACCGCCGGUACGGGCCGAUCAUGCUCGACGUCGACACGGUCCCGAUCGUGAAUCUGUUCGAUCGUGCCGACAUGGAGAAGGUGCUAAAGUACCCGAGCCGCUAUCCGUUCCGGCCGCCGACGGAAAUUGUCGAGGUGUACCGAAGCAGCCGGCCGGAUCGGUUCGGUGUGACCAAUCUGAUCAAUGCUCAGGGUGAAAAGUGGCACGAGCUGCGCGUUAAGCUGACCACCGGCAUUACCUCCCGCCGUAUCCUGCAAUCCUUCAUACCGUCGGUCAAUGAGAUUUGUGACGAUUUUGUGGAGCUGGUGCGCCACCAGCGGGCAGAAGACGGAACGAUCCGGAACUUUCAGGACAUUGCCAACUCGGUGGGGCUAGAGAUUAUCUGCUGCCUGGUGUUGGGACGGCGAAUGGGGUACUUGACCACGAACCGACAGAAUGAAAAGUUUAUGCGACUUGCCGAAGCCGUCAAGGAAUCGUUUGUGUACAUCGGCAAAUGUUACUUCGGCUUUAAGCUGUGGAAGUACGUGCCGACCACACUGUACAGUAACUUUGUCCGCUGUGAGGAGAUCAUAUACGAUACGAUCGCAGAGAUUGUAUAUGAGGCGCUCGAGGAGGAACAGCUCAACUGUCCAGACAACGACGUGAAGCACAUCUUUAUCAGCAUUCUUCAAACGGAAGGACUGGACACGAAGGAGAAGAUAUCCGGUAUUAUAGACCUCAUUACCAGUGCCAUAGAAACGCUUUCCAACACACUCUCGUUCCUGCUUCACAAUCUCAGCCAAUCGGUUGAGCAUCAGCGUGAGAUUGCGCAAGAAUUUAGUCACUGUGUGCAGAACAUCACGAACGAUGAUCUUGUGAACGCUCGCUUCACAAAGGCAUGCAUCCAGGAGUCGUACCGUCUGUCCCCAACGACGCCCUGCUUGGCGCGAAUUCUCGAGGAAGACUUCCAGCUGUCCGGUUACCAUCUACAGGCGGGAACUCUCGUACUGUGCCAUACGCGUGUUGCCUGUCACAGUGAGGACAACUUCCAGCAGGCAGAUCGCUUCCUGCCGGAACGGUGGCUCGAGCAGCGGGACGAAAAUCAUAAUGUGGUGUACAAGCGACAAGAGCCGGGCGCUUCACUUGUUCUUCCGUUUGGCAUCGGUCGACGUAUGUGUCCCGGCCAGAAGGUUAUCGACAUCGAGCUAACGAUGCUGGUGGCAAAGAUAUUCCAAAACUUUGAGAUUGAGUAUCGCAGUCCGCUCGAUACGCAGUUCCAGUUCCUGUUGGCGCCACGCACACCGAUAGAGAUUAGGUUCCGGGAUCGGACGUGAGCAAUAUCGUAUCUCCACUAGGAACACUCAUAUUACAUUCGCUACUACCUCGGUACAUUACGAAGAGUCAGACGAUGAUGUUUAAGGGCGCAAUUGCGCAUAGAGAAGGCCAACACUGCUUUGACGCUUUGUUGGCGAUUCGUUCGAUAAGAAUCAUAUUGAUUAGAUCGCAGUGCGAUAUGAACUACCUUGAAUAGAACUGAUAUCAUAUGAAUUCCGCAUUCCUAGAUUAGUAGAGUAGCAGCAACAGGUGAACAUGCAUGCAUACACACACACUGUGAAAGACUAACUAUAUAGAGACUGUAGGCUAUACUAUAUUGUUUAUCGCUUAGUAGGAGCAGCACAACAAAGCUCCAUCAUUCGCACAGUAAGGCGCUCUAGUUCGCCUGGCGAACAGCAGCAGCAGCAGCAGCUUACUUUGCGUAGUUUGCUAGUGUACCGGCAGGUGGGUACAGAAUGGUUCGCGAUUUUUUGUGUGCGACCGUAGAUGCAUUAUUUAUUACGUAUAUACAACAAGCUCCAGAUGUACAAAUUUACCAGUUAUUUAAACGAUACAUAAAACUGAUAUCAUACUGCA